AUGGCCGAGUAUAAGUACACCACCCUCGGCGAGCGGGAUUUCCGAAUCCUCUCCCUCGCACCGGGCCGCUUCGACGACGCCCUCCAGGGCGACCUCGUGGUGCGCCCCAUCGACACCUACGUCGACGAGGCAAGCAAACACGAGCACGAGCUCCCCGAGUCCGCCGACUCGUACGAGGCCAUCUCGUACGUCUGGGGCUCCGAUGAGAAACCCCACCACAUCACCUCGCCGUCCACGGGCGCCCGCAUCCCCAUCACGGAAAGCCUCUAUCUCUGCCUCAAGCGUGUUCGCCUCGAGGACCGCCCGCGUCUUAUCUGGGCCGAUGCGCUGUGCAUAAACCAGGCCGACGGGAAGGAGAAGGAGGCGCAGAUUAUGCUCAUGCACGACAUCUAUCUGAGCUCGCGCCGGGUUCUCGCGUACCUGGGCGAGGAGGCCGACGGCAGCGGUGAGGCGAUGGAGUUGAUUGAGCGGUACUGGCGCGUCAAUAUCCCGGACCCCAUUAACGCGGGCGCGCGCGCGUUUGCGGAGGACCUUCUCGGCGCGCCGAUCCCUGAUGCGCCGACGGGUGCUGAGGCGGAGCUGCCGCCUGUGGGUGAUCAAAAGUGGUUGAACGUGUCUCGAUUCUGGAAUCGCUCGUGGUUCCGCAGGGUCUGGAUUGUGCAGGAAUUUAUUCUGGCGCGGGAUGUCAUGAUGAUCUGCGGGGACAGGACGGUCAACUGGUCACAGCUUUGGCCGGGGACGAUUGCGCUCGAGGAGCCUGAGAAUCCUCCCUGGCCUCUGGUCGAUGCCAAGGGCGAAGAGAUUGAGAGCGCGGCUGACUUGAUGGCCAAUAUGGCGCAGAGGCUUCGGUUUUACCAGCUUGGCGCCAUGAGAGGCAACACGAGGUCACACGAGCAUGGGGAUGGUGACGGACAUGAGCACGGAGGUGGAUGCUGUGGAGGCCACGGAGGUCAUGAUGACGACCACGACCACGACCACGAUCACAGCCACAGCCACGGCCACGAAGAGGAAGCUGACGCUGAAGAUGGAGACGAAGGCGAAUGGGAAUCGAAAGACGAGGAAGACGGCGGAGAGAAGCGCUCGACGGACCUGCUCAAUCUCCUCAUGUCCUUCCGCGAAGUCGACGCCACGGACCCGCGCGACCUCUACUUUGCGCUCCUCGGUCUGGCGCUCGACGGCGACAGGGAAGAGUUCCGCCCAGACUACUCGGCCACCUUUGAGCAGACGGCCCUCCGCUUCGGCCGCACCCUCCUCCACGAGCCCUUUAGCGAGGAACUCCUCGACCACGUCGGCAUCGCGGAGAAGCACAACGGCAACGGCAGCGGCACGGCAGACUUUCCCUCCUGGCUGCCCGACUUCCGCCGACCCUGGCGGCGUAUGACGGUGGCCGACGCCGCCGAGUCCGAGGCCGCGGGCGAGACGGACUUUGACUUUGGGUUCGACCCGAGCGCCAAGGACGACGAGCUCCUGCUCAAGGGCGUCAAGGUCGAUACCAUUGAGCACAUGAGCGGGGUCCCGCGCGCGGCGCACUUACACGCCGAUCACCCGUCCCUGUGGGUGAAGCGGGACAUGGUGACGCUCUCGCAGCUCCUGGCCAACAUGCCCGGCUUCGCGGAAUCGACGUACCCGACGGGCGAGACCGGCAUCGAGGCGAUCCUGCGGGCGCUCACCUUUUUCCGCACCGAGGGCGACAACGAAGGAGACGAGAUCCCGGCUACGACGCUGAAGCUGGCAUACCGCUUCUGCACGGCCGUCGAGGAGGACAACCUCGACGCCGCGCGACCGGAGCGGGAUAAUUUGAGACGGGAGAUUAUGAUGUCUGGGUGUAGCGCGCAAGAGGCGAACGAGGCGCUCGAGGCGGCGGCGCAGGUUCUCAUUAACCGCGUUUUCCCCCUGCGCGCGGCGCUGGAUUUGGUGCUGGCCAAGGCAGGGCGGUACGUGGCGAUGGUGCCGGAGGGUUCCGAGGCGGGCGACGAGAUUUGGGUGAUGAAGGGGUGCAAUGCGCCGUUUGUGCUGAGGAAGAGCAAGGAUAGGGAGGGGUUGAGGAGGAUUGUGGGUGCUGCGUAUGUCCACGGGAUCAUGGACGGGGAGGCUGUUGAGGGGGUUGAGGAGUUUGAGCCUGUUUCUAUUCAUUGA